AUGAAAGCUAAUGCCCUGUUUGCUCUGCUCCUCCUCCUCCUCCAGCUGCUAUCUUGCCAUGCAGAGGAGCUCCAAAUCCUGUUGUCCGUCCGAUCAUCCAUCAACGAUCCUCUCCACUCUCUGGCCACCUGGAACAACACCUCCGCCUUCUGCAAUUGGGAAGGUCUCACAUGCUCUUCCUCGUCCCGACACGUAUCCGCCGUCCAACUCGCCGGGAGAAACCUCUCCGGCGAUCUCCCGUCCGCCCUCCUCUCCCUCUCCUUCGUCGCUUCGAUCGACCUCUCAUCCAACAGUUUCUCCGGUGCCAUCCCUCCGGACGCCUUCGCUGGGCUCAGCCCCUCCCUCCUCUUCCUCAACCUCAGCAACAAUAACCUGUCUGGCGCCCUUCAUUUUCCCUCCGGUGAGGACGGUGGAGGUGGAAGAACCUUAUUCAGCUUGCAAGUCCUCGACCUCUCCAACAACUUCCUCGCCGGACCAAUACCCGACGAAAUCUCCCGUUUCGUCAGCCUCAAGGACCUCGACCUCGGAGGGAACUACUUUCAGGGUCGGAUCCCCCUGUCUAUCGCCGAGCUCAAGGGCUUGCAGUUUCUGACCUUGGCCUCAAACGAGCUGAUCGGGCCGAUUCCGACCCAGCUCGGCGAUCUCACGGCGCUCCAAUGGGUCUACCUCGGCUACAACAAUUUAUCCGGCGAGAUACCGGCGGCGAUUGGUAAUCUGACCGCUCUCGGCCACCUCGACCUCGUCUACAACCAUCUCGCCGGCGGAAUCCCGAGCUCGAUUGGGAAUCUGCCGUUUUUGCAGUAUCUCUUUGUGUACAAGAAUCAACUGUCGGGCUCGAUCCCUCCGUCCGUUUACAAUCUGACGGCUUUGAUCUCGCUCGACCUGAGCGAGAACCAGCUCGAGGGUAAGGUCUCGGAGAACGUGAUGCGGCUCGAAAAUCUGGAGGUGUUGAACCUGUUCUCGAAUCGGUUAAGCGGUCCGAUACCCGGUUCUCUCGGGGCCACUCCGCGGCUCCGGGUCCUGCAACUCUGGUCGAACCGGUUCGAGGGGACGAUUCCCGGCUCGCUCGGGCUCGGCAACGAUGAGCUCGCCGUCGUCGACCUUUCCUCCAAUAACCUCACCGGUCGGAUUCCGGAGCACCUCUGCUACGCCCUUAGCCUUGUCAAGCUCAUCCUCUUCUCCAACGCCUUCACCGGCGGCAUCCCUCGCGGGUUGACCCGGUGUCGAACCCUAGAGAGGGUCCGCAUCGAGGACAACCGGCUCUCCGGUGAGAUCCCGCUGGAGUUUACCAGGCUACCCGCUGUCAACUAUCUUGACGUCUCUGGAAACCAGUUCUCCGGCGAGAUCGGACGCCGCCGAUGGGAGAUGAUGUCACUUCGGAUGCUGAGUCUCUCAGGGAACAGAUUCUCCGGGCCCCUGCCGAAUUUCUACGGCGGCUACGGCAUCGAGCAUCUUGAUCUUUCGGAGAAUCAAUUCUCCGGCAGCAUUCCGCAAAGGUACGGGCGGUUCGCCGAGCUAUCGGAAUUCAAUCUCAGCGGGAAUCGACUCUCCGGUUCUGUCCCGGGCUCUAUUGUGGAGUUGAAAAGGUUGGUCAGGCUCGACCUCAGCAAGAACCACCUUUCCGGCGAGAUUCCGAGUGGGGCUGCUGAUCUACCUGUCCUUAGCGCGUUGGACCUCUCGGUGAACGAUUUCUCCGGUGAAAUCCCGCCGGGAUUAGGCAAGAGUGGUUUGCUAGUGUCGAUCAACGUCUCCUACAAUAGCUUCCAAGGCAGUGUCCCGCAAACCGAAGCGUUUCUUUCCGUCGGUUCCACUGCCCUGGCCGGUAACCCUGGCCUAUGCGGCGGCGGGCCGAAGAGCGGUCUACCGGCAUGCGAGGAGGCUGCAGGGAGGCCGCCGUGGUGGUUUCCGGUGUCGGUUCUCGCAGCAGCGCUUCUCAUCAUCUUCCUCUCCGUUGUCUUGGCUUUCUUAUUGCGACGUUGGUGGCGGAGCCGAGAGUUCGAACUAAAGAAGGUGGAGACCGUCGGCGACUGCACUUGGGAGGUGAGGAUCUUCCGGAAAACUUCACUGACGACGGAAGACAUCUUGGCGUCCGUCAAGAAUUCCAAGAGCGAGACCUGCGACGGGAAGCUGGUGACGGUGAAAGCGGCCGGGGAGGUUCCCUGGUUGGGGUGGGCGGAGGUGACUGAGUCGGGGAGACUUCGGCAUUGCAAUGUGGUGGGUUUGAUCGCCGCGUGCAGGUCAGACACGACGUGGGUAUUCUUGUACGAGCCAUUGACAGGCAUCAAGAGUUUGGGCGACGCGAAGACAGCUUUGAGCUGGGAGAAGCGUCGGAGAGUUGCCUUUGGCGUCGCCAAGGGCCUUUGCUACGUUCACCACCGCGGUCGGAGCGGAAUGCUGACCGCGACGGACGUCGUUUUGGACGACGACGGAGAGCCUCGCCUUGUACUCAACGUAGCCAAUCUCAGUCCUGGGGAAUUCAAGGAGAGAGAGACGAGCGACGUGUACUUCUACGGCAUGCUCCUCGUGGAGCUACUGACCGGGAGGCGCGACGUCGACGGCGACGAGCAAGGGGUGCUGCAGUGGGCUCGCUACUGCUACCGUGAACGCCACUUGGACGAAUGGGUUGACCCUGCAAUGAGAGGGCAGGUGGAGUGUCACCGGGACGAGAUGAUCGGAGUCAUGGACUUGGCCAUCCGGUGCGUUGCUGCGGAGGCGGCGGAGAGGCCGCCAAUGACAAAAGUGGUGAAAAUUUUGUUGGAAUUACAAAGGAAGACAUUUCCAUGGCUUUCCAAGGUGAAAAGCGCAGUGAAGAUGUUCUAGCGAGUUGCUCAAAAUCCCAACAGAAUCAUAUCAAAUGUGCAAAAUAUAUAUAAAUUUUUGAUCUUUUGUUUGGACAUCCCUCAUCCAUCGAUCUUUAUCCUCACAAUCAAAUACACAGAUCGCUCCCUGGUUUUGUGGUUUGUUCUUUCAAUAAAGCAAUUCAUAAACUUUAUUAAGCUUGCCUUGCCUUGACGAGGCUUAAUUUCUUUCCCUGUCAUAUUAUACUUUU